UUCGAAAGUUGCAUUUUGUUUUGGUGUUUGUUUAUAGUUUUAUUCCGGCUUCCAUUUCGGAAGAUUUUUUUGAGUUUCGUUUUUUGGUAAUGAUCUGUGAAUUUCCCCGUGUGCCUACACCUACGAAUUCUAUUUAGCCACCAUAUUUAGGAAUAUUGUUUAGAAGUGACCCGAAGAAUUCCAAGUUUGCGAAGAUCAACUUUUUCUAUUGCUUGUCCCAUCCGCACCGAUAGAAAUUCAUACACGACCACCACCUAAGAGGGAUUUUUCAACACUCCUGAUAAUAUUUUACUGGAAACUGGUUUUCAGACAUCCAUCACCAUUUCCUCCGAAAGUCAAGUUAGCAUGGAGAAAGUUGAGGAAUCUGAAGAUAUUGUUGAUGAGGAGGAAGAGGAAGAUGAAGAUAUUCUUGAAGAGGAAGGAGAAAGUGGUGAAGCAGCUAAGUCCGGUGUAAGUAGUGCCAAUGCUGCCCCAACAAGCAAAGUUGUAACACUAUCAAUGCUUCUCAAUGCAAAUAUUCUGAAUCCUGGCCAAGCAGCUCUUUCUGUUGAGUACAUGGGACAAAAGUUUAUAGGAGAUUUACUGUCAGAUGGAAAAAUCAGAUCAAUAGAGACAGAUUCAACCUUUGCCUCCCCAAGUGCUUGGGCCAACCAUUGUAAGCGCAUCAUUAACCCCGAUAAAAAAUCAGGAACUGGUUGGGCAUCGAUAAAAUACAAUGGUGUUAAGCUGGAAGUAUUCAAAAAUAAGUUUUUGAAAAAGAAGACGGAAGAUACAAAUAAGGAAAAUGAAACAACAGAGGAUGAAGCUUCAAAGAAACAGCAAGUGGCCAAACCUCCUGCAACCAUGUACAACAUGCCUGUCAACCUGAAUCCUCCAGUUAGAAUACCGGUCAAACACCAUCAUCUUGGGAAUCGAACACCAUUGCAUAAUCUUAACACAUUGGUUGAAACAACACCAUGGUCAUCAAUGGGGAAAAUUCAACCGUUUUUGGUAACAAUUGCUACAAGUGCUUCACUUGUCAUGGAUUUCCACUGUCACCUGACAACCAGCGAAGUGACAGGCUAUCUAGCAGGUUACUGGGACGUGAAUGCUCACACUGUUGCAAUUACUCAUGCGUUACCUUGCCGCUGCCGACUGAUGGAUAAGGAGCUGGCUCCUCUGAUUGAGACGGAGUUGAAGAAAACGAUGGAAGAGAAAAAGCUGACACUUGUUGGGUGGUACCACUCUCACCCACAUACCUCUGCUACACCAACGAUUAGAGAUGUUGAUCGGCAGUUGGAAUAUGAGUUGGCCCUCAAAGGAAACAAUGAUGCCAGCUAUAUACCCUGCAUUGGUUUUAUUUGUUCACCGUACAACAAAGAGAACAUCAGUUCAGAGUCAUCAAUAAUGAGCUACUGGGUUAUGCCUCCUCCAGAGCAUAAACCAAACGAGUAUCCACGACCAAUGCUCAUGAGUUACUCAGUGUCACAGGAUCCGUUUAUGUCUCAGGACUCCCUGAACGAAUUGAAACGAUGUGUGGAUUUCUAUAAAAAUGAUCCAGAUUGCAUAAUAUUUAGAGACAUUUACCGAGGUGAAACUACUUAUCUAGAAAAAUUGAAGAUGUCUCUGACGUCAAAAUUCCCUCGAGAUCAAGACACAACCAUGCUUUGGAAUUACAUUUCUGAGCUAGCCUGUCCAGGCAGCACAGGACAGAUGACACCGCCGCCCAGUGAGGCAAAGGAAAAACCUCCACAACCUGUCAAGAAACUGCCACCCGUGCCAACACCCGAAGUGACCAUAAAACCUAUCCUAACGUCCACUUCCUCUUCCUCCUCUUCUUCACCCUCUAUACCCUCAGCAAAUUAUAACUUUGCUGUUCCUUCAACGUCUAAAGUCCCAACCUCAUCACAGCAGUCAUUCCCGCCCAACAUGUUUCUCAAUACCGAUCUGGCUACAGCAUUAUUGGCUAGUGGCAAAUUCCCCUCCGCAGCUUCUUUGAUGGGACUCUCCAACUUAUUUGCACAAACUAACCCAAUGAUGUUCAAAGGACAUUCACGAGCAGGGAAUUCCUCCCGAUCACAUUCACCGACGCCUAAAAAACAUAAGACGGAUAGAAAUUUUGUGGUGCCGGAUGUCAGAAAUUACGUUUCUAAGUCACAGAAUUGAAAGAGGAACGAAGAUUUGCCUCAGUUGUGAAGCAUUCAAUAAGGUCCUCUUGUUUCAACCCUUGAAUCUCAUAAAAUUCGUAAGUGUUUCAAGAAUCAGUUUUUGCAAAGCUGUAAAAAUUUUAAGUAAAUUUACCAAACUAUACUCAUCCAUGUUAAGGUAUUUUCACUAUUAUAGUGACUUUAUUUUAGAGUACUAACGGCAUACAAUGCGUUUCAGGACUUAUUUACAACAGAAGUUCCUUUUUUGGAGUUAUUUCCCAGAACAUUUUGACAGUCUUGGUUUAGAAUAGAAUUAAGUUUUCAUGGAUAACAAACAAAUUCUCUCAAAAAACUUCAACAGGCAUCCUCCAACGGUCUCUAUUUUUUUGCUUUGCAAGUACAUAGAUAAAUUCAAUUUAAAAAGAAGAUCGCCAUCCAACACACAAGGCUCAUCGAUUUUAUUUAUAAUUUUUUUCAAUCUAAGAUAUGAUUUUAAAGUUGCAGUUGUCAUGAGGAUAUCGUAUUCCAAGGUGGACUGAAAGAAUGUUUCAUUGUUUGACCUUUUUUUUAAUAAUUUGUAAAAUUAUGUGUCAAAAUGUAUGUUUUCUGUCAUGUUUUAAAAAGUCUGUAAAUUUCUUCUUUGCUGUUUUUAUUUGAGUUUAGUAUUUAAUUGCUGUUUUUACUGUUACAUCAAAAGAAUUGACAUGAGGAUUGCAAGAAAAAAGUUCCGAAUUCGUUUUUUCUUCAUGAUGGUACUAUGUAUCAUAGUCACCAAGGGACAAUUAUUUUGUUGAGUGGCUCAGUUUUUCAUCAAUGCACUUUCUUUAGAAUUUGGAAUGGAAAAUCUCCAAGUGAUUAUUAUUUUAAUAUUUUGCUGUUGUUGUGUGGGCCACUAGCGAAUGAACAAUUCAGGCGUUUUUAUCAAAUGCCAAGGCAGAUAUCUAGUAAAAUUUUUACAGUUUACAAUUUGUGUAUGUUUUUAAUAAAGACCCUGAAGUUCUCAAUGUCUUGAAAGUAAGAAUUUAUCAAAACUACAAACUUUCCUUGUAUAUGUCUGUCCAAAUGUUCUCGAUAUAUUUUAAUUGUGAACAUUGUAAUGAGUCGGUUGUCUAUGAAAUGCUACAAAUUUCAUGAUUAACGUUCGUUCAAUGGCUAUAAAAUCAUUUCAGAAUUCAUUAUUAUGCAAAUUUUAACUAAGAAUUUUUCUUGAAGAGCAUAUUAGUGUUUCACUUGAAAAUAGCAAAAGAAUCAGAAUCUCGAUCCAUAUAAGAAUAGUUGACCAUCUGCAGAAGCAUUCGACAAAAUGCACAAUUGGACUAAUUAUUGCCUGCAAUGUAUCAACUUUUAACUCCCUCAAAGAAAUUGUCCAAUCUCUAGGACCUGUCCUUCUCUCUGAAGCCUAUGAAGGCAAAUUUUUGAUUCCAUUGUUUGAUAGGUUAUUUUUUGAACCUCUCAAUAAUUUAUCAGUUCUAGAUUCUCUGCUAAAAUUAGACCUUGCUCUGAAGUAAUUCCACAUCAAUAUUAGGACUGAGAAUCGAGUUGAUAUCAUAGUUUUUUAGUUUUCUUUCAAGAGAACCUCUGGUUAGUAGAUUUCAUCUACCUCUUUAUGUUAUUUACGCUGGCAAUUUUUUUUUUUUUUACCUAAUGUUGCCCUUUUUCAAGUAAAGAAACCUUACUUUUAUACCUCCCUCUUAGAAGUUUGACUAAUAUUAUAUUUUAAUUUGGAUUGGAAAGGAUGUGGUGAAAUUUUCGUUUUAUUUUUUGGCGCCCUGCGGAAAAAGAAAGCAUUCGUCACUUUCAUUCUUUUCUUGUCUCCAAAAUUGCAGGUCCUGUUUCAGUUUUCAACUCUUGUAUUUGUUGCCGUGUCAAAAGUUUUUUUUUGUUUUUGGUUGUAUGCUUGACUGAUUUUCAAUAGUUCUUGUAAUCCAGCACAAAGAUUUGUUUGAGUUUCUGAAUUUUGAAUCUGUUACAUAUGUUACAAUUCCAAUCAUGAUUAUUGAAAUUUUUUGAGUAACGGCAGCUUAAUGUGGCUUUCUGUUGAAACUUUGUCUCAAUCAAAAAAUGUAAUUAACUUUGUGGACCAUGUUGGUGGUUGAAUUCGAAAAAUGCGUGUCUUAAUCGCAAUGUUGAAAACACUCUGAUUAUGUUUAAUUUCCUUCAAGGGAAACUAAUCCAAAUGUUUCACUGCAAUUUUUUGUGCUACUUCUAGAAUGAGUGGCGAAAAUUCGGAGGGAAUUUCAAUAGAAGCUGUCAGUUGGUUUUCCAUUGAAAAAUAAAACUUGAAUGGAGGCGUACAACAUUCCACUUUAAGGUGCGCACUUUUACAACUUUAGCCAUUAAUAUAUCCUUUCCUGGUGCCAAUUUGGGAUCUAUUAUGGGGUGGAUUUCACACUUGCAAUAACUAAUAACAUGGUAUUAAUCUCUUUUAAUCCAAAUAUUCUAAGCCAUGAUUUCAGUUAAGUCUAUCAUUAAGCUUGCCGUUGACCUAAUCUCAAUAAUAGUCAGCCCGGUGUCUUUAUUUAUUUCUUAGAGAAUGUUUAUCAAAUCAGUUAUAUUAUGUGCUUGUUAAAUAAUCUCCAUAGUUAGAACUUAUUUUUGAUUUUCUAUUUUCCCUCUUUUUACUUAAUGAAGUUUGUACUUAAUAUGCCUGUGCUCUCAUUAUUUUUCUAGAAUCAGUUCUUUAUUGUAAAUAAUCAUUUUCCCAGCUACUCAGUCUUUUGCGUACUACCACUACUUACUAGUAACUUGGUAUACUGAAAUGAUGGAUCUGUGAUACGUUUUUGCACUCAUCUCACCUGUAAUAAUACUGAUUGAUAUAAUGUAAACUUUUAAGUAUUCUGUA